UCAGCAAUAUUUUGCAAACAGGAAUUCUGCAUACAAAAGGGAAGGGAGUUCGAGGGAGUGUACAAAAGAAUGCAGAGAUAAGAUUAAAAAUGGCUGCAAUGUUUUCUCUUAGAGAUGACGCUAACUUGAGGGAGUUUGUGCUGGAGAAUGUGGAGCACUUUGGAGAAGAGAGAGUUCUAGGAACUGGCUCCUAUGGCUCUGUUCAAGAGGUGAUGAUCAAUGGUGAGGUGUAUGCAGCCAAGAAGAUCCACGAGGUUCUCCUGGAGACGGACAAGCGUGGUGGAGUGGCCAACAUAGCUGGCAACUACCACCGAGAGUGUCGACUCAUGGCUCGCAUCCGUCACCCAAACAUCACCCAGUUCAUUGGGCUGUGUUUCGUGACUGGCUCUCGACUGCCCCUCCUGGUCAUGGAGAGGCUGGACUCAAGUCUGGACGAUCUCCUGGAGUCUACUCCCAACAUCCCCCUCUCUGUCUGCCAGUACAUUCUGGUCUGUGUGGCUCAAGGGCUGCUCCACCUGCAUUGUGAGUCCGUGAUCCAUCGUGACCUCACUGCUAGGAACGUCCUGCUGACGGUAUCUCUGAGAGCCAAGAUCACAGACUUUGGUAACUCUCGUAUCGUGAAUCUGGAGCCUGGUCGACUGGCCAGGACUCUGACGAGGUUUCCUGGGACACUGGUGUACAUGCCGCCCGAGGCCCUCUCUGACGGAGGCCACAGUGUGUACGGACCCAGUCUGGACGUCUUCUCUUUCGGAGUGCUGCAAUUAUUUGCACUCACACAAGUGUUUCCAGGAGAUCUCCUUGCCCCUACGUACAGCGACCCCAACAACCCAGACCACCUUCUGGCUCGCUCAGAGUUUGAGCGUCGAGGUCCCUACACGGCUCUCCUUGAGAGGAGUUUGGCGGGUGGACGUGAGCACCCUCUGUUUGGUCUGGUGAGGGAGUGUCUGGCCAACACCCCAGAGAGAAGACCGGCCACCACUGACCUCCUCUCGUCUCUGGAGGAGGUGGGGAGGGAGAUGGACGGAGGACUGCUCCAGCUGGACAUUGCACGAGUGAAGACUGCCAGGACCCUCAGGGCAAAGGAGAAGAGGAUAGAGGUUCUACAGAGAGAGGUGGUCGAGAAGGACAGGAUACUGGAGAGGAAAGAUGAGCAACUGACUGAGAAAGACGCACUUCUGGCACAAAAAGAUGAGGAAGUAGCAGACAAAGAUACUCAGCUUGCUAGACAGCAACAGAUAUCGAAUAGUGUCCGUGCUGAUGCUGCCACCAAAGAUGGUAUGAUUGCUGACAAAGACAGACAACUCAGUGAACUGGAGUCAACAAUUAUUUCCCAGAGAGAGGCUGCUCUAGUUGAGAGGGACGCUCUCUUACAGGCACACAGGGAACAGAUUCAGCACAAAGAUGCUGAGCUGGUCAGGAGAGACGCCAUCAUUCAACAGCAGAGACAGGUGAUUUCCCGGGAAAAGGGCGUUUGCUAAUACGACCUCGCAGAGAAGUUUCUGCAGAUCCUGAUUGAACCAUGUCACCAUGAGAACAUUGAGAGCACUUGUUAAUGCAGAUUUUUCUCUAUUUUUAGGGUACUAAUUUUGGCGAAUUUAAAGUUUGGAGUCUGAUACAGAUGAAAAAAGGGCUAACUUGCAUAGCAUAAUAAUUAUUAUUAUCAAAAGUACAUUUUCAUGAAAGAAAAAGUUUUUAUUUUUGUUAAUGAGUUCAUUACAUGCGUUUUAUUAUUAGUGGAUACUUAAUUAAGGAACAAGGGGUAGCACUAUUAGUAACUAUCGGAUCCUGGCCUAGAUCUUUCACUAUAAUUAUUGUACUACGUACGUAGCUAUUAUAUAGCUAUAGCUUAAGUUUUCAAUGAAAGCACCACAGGUGCUAAUGCCUCGGUGGAGGUGUCAAAGCUACAUAACAUAUAAAGCUACUAUAGCUAUAAGCAAUAGCAUGCACGCAUUUUUAUCAUGAUUGCAUUAAUAAAAUUAAUUUUGCUGCAUGCAGAAUCACAGAGGAACUCAAAGAGUGCGUAAUGAUCGGUCAUGAUUGUUGUUGUAAACGAUUCAUGCCAAAAGUCUAAGUCUAAAAUGAAUGGUUGCAUCCAGAGAAGGUACGACAUCCGCGUGUCAAAGGAAGUUUUUUAAACUCACAUUCCUUAGGUCAAAGUUCAAUUGCGUAUUACCUGCCAAACUUAAACAUAAGCACUGGGCAAUUUUUAGCUGCCAAGAGUCUGAUUCGUGCACUGUUUGAUCUAGGUUAUAGCUAUCAACCAUCGUUUCGGCUUCAGAAUCUUCAGGAGGGAGGCGGCCUGGAGUUGCUGUGAGUAUCACUUUGUUUGAUGUGCUAUUGAACUUUGACCAGGAUAUAAUAAGGAAUGUGGGUCUUUAAGACACAGAUGUCUUACCUCCUCUGGGUUGCAUCAGCAGAGCCUUGCAACUCUCUUUUAGCUUGCAGCUAUGGUACCAGUAGCUAGUGUUCUAGUGCAGAGCUAACUGUACUACGUAUAGACUCCAUGGACAAGCUUUUCUACGCACUCUUCUGAAAAGACUGCCAUGGCAUUCCAAGUAAGCAAAACUCGAGAACGAAGCAUUAUUUUGCAAAUCCACGAAUUAAAAUCCAACUAGAAGCCCAUUACAGACCUGCCAACCUCUAAUACUAAAUUUAUUUGGUAAAAUCAAAGAUUGUGCUUGAAAUUAUAUGUUUCUCUAAAUAACUCUUCCAAUAUAAAACAAAAUAGUCUGGUAGAGCUGACAUCAUUGUUUAUUUUGUGGGUUUUGUGCACAUCCUGCCACAUGGCUCAUUGGAUUUUUCAAUAUUACUUCGGUUUGCACCUUUAAUUGGAAUGUUUACAUGUGCAGUAUUUAGAAAUCAAACCGUGGCAAAAGUGUUUUGUGCUUGAAAUUAGACCCCUUAGCCGGGAUACCGGGAAGAGAGACAAUUUUGAGGGAUAUUCCCGGUGGCAAGUAUGCUAUCAGGAGUGUAUGAAGAGGAGUAUCCAACUGUAGCAGUUGUAGUGUAAACCAGGUUUCGGUAUGAGUAUGUCAUACUACGUCACUAUCAGACCGCAUCUUAAGUGGGUGCGUAGGUGUAUAGUGGUUAAUUAAUUUAAAAUGAGCAUACGUCUGCUGUCAGAGGAGGUUGACACGAUCACGUACACCACUUUUUUUGCUGAGCUGGCACAAAAAUUGACAAUGAGUUCUAUGUAAACUUCUAGCUGAUGUUGUGCGGUCAUUAGAGACUGAAGGCAAACUUUAUGUGCCUCUCUGGCUUCUUUUGAUAUAAAACUUUCAUUAACCAACCCGAUCCCCUCUAUUCUGGCGAGUUAUCAGUGCAUACAGUGUUUACUAGAUUCUUGCCAGCCAGUACAAUGCAAGCUAUAGUCUAGCUAAUCUUGGUCCAGCCAGACAACAGACACAGCUAGUCCGGUGUUACAAGUCAGCAAAGCAAGAGUAUCCAUAACUUUUUUAUUACAGUUAUUUGGUAUCUAUGGUAACGUGAGCAGAGACCUUAGGAAUGUCACAUGAUUGAUGACGCGUGGCCAACUUCCUCUGGUCUGCUGUGGUUUGUACCUCCAGCCCCUAAUGCUAUAGAAACUCUUACCUUCACUUCUUAUCCUAGUCUACACAGACACAACACACACACACAGACACACAAACACACGUAUACCUCUCUUGCGCAUGCGCACCGAGGCAUAAUUAAAUAAUAAAAGCACUGCGGGUGCUGAUGCCUCGGUGAGGUGUGCCAAAGCUACAUAACAAAGCUACUAUACACACAUUAUAAUUAUCAUGAUGAACAUUUUUGCAUUAAUUAAUUUUA